UUUUGGGAAACCCUUUUAUUUCUGUCAUAUCUUCUUAUGCCAGGAGAAGGCCAUAGAAUAAGCCACUCAUUUCCUGGUAUUUAUACUGUACAAGUUCCGAAGGGUCCAUCUGUUUCGGUUGUUUUUGCAAGCAAGAUUUUUAUUGAAAACCGAACAUUGUACAAGGUCUUUUCUGUGCGUUUAACACCACCCGUGAAUAUAACUGCUGAUAUACCAGACUGUAGAGAGACUAAUCUUAGUGAGAUUGGUUUAAAAGUGAACGAUGUUUCCCUUGAUACAAAUUUUGCGACAAACAUAUUUACGUUGGAAAACUUAUCCUCAAGAGAAGAAGGGAGAGUCUACGAGUCGAGUCAAGGAGUUUUGAGAAUUCUUUUUCAAGGGUAUUUGGAAGAAGGCUUGUUGGAGCCUUUUUUCAAAAGUGACUCUCAUGCUUACUUUGUUACUCAAGUAGGAAAGCCUCGAAUAGAAUAUAAAUACCGCUUUGAUACUCCUGGUGUACAUACUGUCAAGGUGCCAGCCAACGUUCACAACGCUAGGUCAGUCGUCGUUGGUGGAGGUGGAGGUGGUGGUGGUGUUGUUGUGUUUCCUUGUUUUGCAUUUUCUGUUGGUGGAGGUGGAGGUGGUGCAGGCGGUACAGCCUUUGGUCGCGUUACAGUGAGACCCGAAAAGGAGUUGACGGUGCUGGUUGGUGAAGGUGGCGAAGGUGGUAGUUCACAAUCCAGAGGGGAAGAUGGAACGGGCUCAACUUUCCUCUCGCUUUUUGGUGGUGGUGGCGAAGGAGGUCAUGCGGGACCUUAUGGUCGUGGUGGUACUGGUGGUAGUGGAAGUGGUCCAACUGUGGAAAAGGGAGGUGACGGAAGUCGCGGAGGUAUCGCUCGAGGUGGAACUGGAGGCAAACCGUACUAUGAUGUAUUGUAUUCUGAUGGAAGAGGAGGUGCAGGAGGAAGCGGUUUCGGAGAAAGUGGAAGCCCCGGUGAAGCUGGUCUAGUUAGUGUUAUUUUUGAACCCUCUUCUUCUCGUGACGACUUGGAACAUUUUUCCCUCGAAUAUCAACAACUCGCGGUAAGUUGUGGUUUGCUCUCGGUUUCUGCAGAAGGCCCAAAGCACUUGUAUCGCACACGAGAAGACGAGUUGUGAAGUCGUAUCUACCUUGGCGCCCCUUCGAACUUGAGUGUUCAUCUGUAUCCAGGAUACAUAUGUUUCCAAUGUAUGGUUUUUCUUUCGCAUGACGUAAAUAGUAUCGUAAUGCGACAAGAUAUCACGGUUGUUUUCGGAACACUCUAUAAAAGCAGUCUUUAUCAAGUUUCUUUAAAUACAGCCAGCAAGAGUUUUCUAACGGUCAAGCCUGGUCAGGUGAAAGAAAGUUUCGUAAAAUCAAUACGUUCCUUUCGAAAUUGGUUUAGUUGUUUUACUUUAGGAUUGCUUCAAACUCCUCUCGCUCCAUUGAAAAUUAAGUAUUAGCCAAUCAAUUUAAGAAUUUGAAGUUUUAUGAAUGGAAAAGUAUGUAUUGGAGAUAAAAUAUUGGUCAACGAUCUGCCCUUUCACAGAUUGCAGUCAAAUGUAAUCUAGUUGGAGUUCUUUCACAUUAGUCAUUCCACACGCAGUCAAGCAUUCACUUGUAAUUUCUAAGCUGGCGUAGGGAAGUUAAGUCUAGUCAACAAUAACUUGGAAGGAGCAGGGCCACAAGUAGAGCCGAUACCAUAUAGAAAGAACCAGAGUCCGAUAUAAGAGUAAGGCUUACUGAGAAGGAUACGUUGCUUUAGGAAGAAGCGUAACUCUUUGGUCUAUAUAGAUAAGCACGCCCUCAGACAACUGAUGGAA